CCUGACGUCAUCGCCGCGCGCGGCAGCAUGGCAGCGGCGGCGCCCGGCGUGGCGCCGGUUCGAGCCCGGUUCCUCACCUCCAAGGAGCGGUUCCACGCCUACCUGCGGGCAGGGGGCGAGGAGGAGGAGGAGGAAAAGGAGGAGAAGAAGGAAAAGAAGGAAGAGGAGCAGGUCAGCGAACCCCCAGCCAAGAGAGUGAAGGCAGAGGAGCUCAGCCAGGAUGGAGAAAGCCAAGGGAAUGCUGGAGAGGAGGAGAAGGAGCGCCCGGAGGAGAAGAAGAGAGCCCGGGGGCAGAACAGGAGCCGGCCCUGCAUGAAACCCACCUGCUACGAGCAGAGCAGGCUGUGCCCCUCGGUGACACAGGGCUGUGCCGGGCAGUGCCACUUCGGGCCGCGCUGCCGCUUCCUCCACGACGUGUCCCAGUACCUGGCGGCCAAACCUGCGGACCUGGGCCGGCGCUGCGUCCUCUUCGACACCUUCGGCCGCUGUCCCUACGGUGUCACCUGCCGCUUCGGCCAGGCCCACCUCGGGGACGGCCACCAGAACCUGGUGAACGCCGCCCUGGCGCGGCAGUGGGAGGGGAAGGUGCUGGUGAGGAACGGCCUCUCCAAGGAGCUGCAGCAGCAGCUGCGCAAGAGGAAAUUCAGCUUCCACAAGGCCGAGGAGUUUCUGCGUGGGCUCCGUGCUGGGAAGGGAGGCAGAGCCACGGGGGGCUCCACGGAGGGGUCCAACUGCACUGAUCACCAGGAGGGUCCGAGAGAUGGCCUCGUGCUGCAGGAGCAGGGAGAAGAUGCCAGAGCUGAGGAUCUGCCGGGCUCCCGAGGGGCUGAGGGUGCUCCCAAACGUGGGGUCCUGCAGGGAUCCAGAGGAGCUGAGGGUGCUGCCAACCCCGAGGUCCUGCAGAGCUCUCGAGGGGCUGAGAGUGCUGCCAAACCUGACACCCUUCUGAACCCUCAAGGAGCUGAAGGUGCUGCCAACCCUGAGGCUCUGCAGGGCUCCCGAGGAGCUGAGGAUGCUCCCACCCCUGAGGUCCUGCAGAACUCCCAGAGGGCUGAGGGUGCUGCCAACCUUGACACCCUUCUGAACCCUCAAGGGGCUGAAGGUGCUGCCAACCCCGAGGUCCUGCAGAACUCCCAAGGGGCUGAGGGUGCUCCCUCCAUCCCAACCCUGGGCCCGCUGACAGAUGAAGACGUCACGAAGCUGCGGCCGUGUGAGAAGAAGAAGCUGGAAAUCCAAGGCAAGCUCUACCUGGCUCCACUGACCACGUGUGGAAACCUCCCUUUCCGACGGAUCUGCAAACGUUUCGGAGCAGAUGUCACCUGUGGGGAGAUGGCUGUGUGCACCAACCUGCUCCAGGGCCAGUCCUCCGAGUGGGCUCUGCUCAAACGCCACCACACCGAGGACAUCUUCGGGGUGCAGCUGGAGGGAGCCUUCCCAGACACCAUGACCAAGUGUGCAGAGCUCCUGAACAGGACGAUCGACGUGGAUUUUGUUGACAUCAACGUCGGGUGUCCCAUCGACCUGGUCUACAAGAAGGGAGGAGGCUGUGCUCUGAUGACUCGCUCCAACAAGUUCGAGCAGAUCGUCCGCGGGAUGAACUCGGUGCUGGAUGUCCCACUGACGGUGAAGAUCCGCACUGGGGUGCAGGAGAAGGUCAACGUGGCUCACAAAAUCAUCCCCAGGAUCCGGGAGUGGGGCGCGUCCAUGGUCACGCUGCACGGGCGCUCCCGGGAGCAGCGCUACACGCGGAGCGCCGACUGGGCUUACAUCGCCGAGUGCGCCCGCCUGGCCAGCCCCAUGCCUCUCUUCGGAAAUGGGGAUAUUUUGUCCUACGAAGAUGCAAAUCGAGCCAUGCAGAUGGGAGUUUCUGGAAUCAUGAUUGCAAGAGGGGCACUCAUCAAACCCUGGCUUUUCACGGAAAUCAAGGAGCAGAGACACUGGGACAUCUCCUCCAGGGAGAGGUUGGACAUCCUCAAGGACUUCACCAACUACGGCCUGGAGCACUGGGGGUCAGACACCCAGGGAGUGGAGAAAACCAGGAAAUUCCUGCUGGAGUGGCUCUCCUUCCUGUGCAGGUACAUCCCAGUGGGGUUGUUGGAGCACCUGCCUCAGAAAAUCAACGAGCGGCCGCCCUAUUACCUGGGCAGGGACUACCUGGAGACCCUCAUGGCCAGCCAGAACGUGGAUGAUUGGAUCAAAAUAAGUGAGCUGCUCCUGGGCCCCGUCCCGCCCAGCUUCACCUUCCUGCCAAAGCACAAGGCCAAUUCCUACAGGUAGGGCUGGCCUGGCCCUGGCCCUCGGCGUCAGGAGGAGUUUGGAUGGGCUGAGAGGAGGAGCAGGGCUCCUGGCAGUUGGAAUAAAGCUGAUGUUUUUAGAA